UGUUCUAAAAGUGGUUACAACGGUUUUGUGUCUCACAGUGUUAUGUCACUUUUUGUAUUAUUGUCCAAUGUAUCAGAUGGAAAUAGAAGCUCUACCGUUAGCUAUCACACAUACAAAUCUCCAGUGUUCUCAGGAUUCCUGCAGGUCAGUGAAUGCAGCAGCAGGACUGACUGUGCUGACAACUUUUCUCCCCGUGUUGUGAGACUGUUUCCGGAGUAGACGCAGAAGCUUCCAGGAUGAAUGCGCUGCUGCGGCGGUGUCACCUGAUGCGGCGGGUUGGAGCACGGAGAGAUUUCCAUGUGACGGCACCCGCAGCGACCUUUGACCUGAGGAAAGUGGAGCUGACGCCUCUGGAACAGAGAAAGCUGACGUUCGAUUCCCACACCAUGGCGACUGAGCUGGAGAGCAGCGGUUUUACGAAGCAUCAGGCGGAGCUGAUCGUCUCUGCUCUAGUCACUCUUACGACGGCAAACAUGGACAUGGUGUACAAAGACAUGGUAACAAAAGCUCACCAGGAAAUCACGGUGCAGCAGAUCGUGGCUCACCUGGACUCCAUCAGGAAGGACAUGGUGAUCCUGGAGAAGAGCGAGUUUGCAAACCUGCGAUCAGAGAAUUCAAAAAUGAAGAGAGAGCUGGAGCAGCUGCACAACAGACUUAUGGAGGAGAGCCGGAAAGUCAGAGCAGAAUCCAAACUGGACAUCAACCUGGAGAGUAGCAGGAUCUCUGACAUGUUUACCGAACAGGAGAAGAAACUGAUGGAGGCGAGUACAGAGUUCCAUCACAAGAAAGCCGACCUGGAGCACGACAACAUGGAGAUCAAUAAAAAGAUGGACCUGCAAGUGGCCUCGCUUAAAACCGUCCUGGAGUCCUUGAAACUGGAGACGAUCCGUUACCUGGCAGCCACCGUGUUCUCCUGCCUCGCCAUCGCUCUGGGAGUUUACCGCUUGUGGAGGUGAAGAAGUGACUGCACGUCUUCAUCCGCCACACAAAGUAGUUCCUGUUUCACCACAUUCACACUGCUGCUGCUACAACACGUCACAAAGUUCUAUUCAGAGGAGCGUCACCGUGUUUUACUGAAGCAAAGGUUUUCACCAAACAAUGAAUAAACACUUUAAUAUGAAUGCAGAUCCUGUGUUUAAGGUUUCACAGGAGAAGUAUAUUUGCAGGCAGGAAAAUGUUGUCAAAAAUUAGAAUGAAUGUACACAGAAUGUAAAAAUAUCAGUCAAAGUAAUCAAUCCACUCAUUUAAGAGUGACAUAUGAAGUAAAGCAGGUAUAAUUAGAGAUAUGUGUUUAGUAAAAGAACAAAUAGAAGCAUGUGAAAAUACUUUGUGACGGGUAAUUGUUAAAAUCCCUCAUUAAUGCACCAACAGAUUCACUCUGUAAAAGUUUACUCACAAGUACACAAGUAUUUUCAGCUUCAUAUAGUAUACCCAAUAUUAUUUCUAAGUUUCAUAUAGAAACGUUAUCUACAUGUUGUCACAUUUUUAGCAGUAUAAACACACUAGUACUGUUAGUUUCCUGUAGCUAAAGUAUCUGCAGUUGAAAUGAACAACUUCUCCGUUUAUCGCAGUAAAAACUGUAAAAGGUCAUUUUGCAACACAUUUCUAGUUUCACAGUUAACCUGAGUUUUUAAUUUUAAUUUUAAACAGUUCAGUUUUAGCACCAGUAUGUUUAACAUAAAAUACACUUUAUUGCAGUAAAACUAUUCACAGAAAAAACAACACCCCAAAGUAAAAGUUCAUGAUUUCCAAGUUCUAUGUAGUAUCUUAUUUACUGUUGUAAAAGCGUUAAGCAUGUUAAGCAAGUGUGAAGUAUAAUCAGUUCACUAUAGUAGAAGUACAGAAUUUCUGCGUAAAAUGUUAAAUUAAAAGUAAUUUUUUUCGUCCUACUGAGAUCAGUGAUCUCUUCUCCGAGGGACACCUGGCCGAGUAUGACAGCAACAGGAUCAGAUUCGUACAGAACUAAAAGUUAAACAUGAACACACAGAAAGCCUGGAUUCCAGACUUUCCCUAAGGAUUAAAAAAAAAUGUAGGCUGAGUUUUUCUAUUUAAAAUCAGACUGUCGAUCAGACUUUCUUUCCCCACUCAAUUCAGACUUUAGAAUAACAAACUCCACAGUGUUCAAGGACCGAAGGUUCUGAAUUCAUUUCUUCAAGAUUAAAAGAGAGGAGAGGUGUUCCGGAAUGUCUUUGAUGAUUAAGAGAAGUGUUCCGGAAUUCUGCCCAGAAUGGCUUUGAUGACGAAGAUAUGCCAGUGACCGAGCCCACAUGUACUAGGAGCAUUCAGGUUCAGUUUGAUAAAAUGGAAUGACGAGUAAGAAAGCCUCAGUUUGUAAGAAAUAUCAUUAUGCUGGGGUUUAAACAAGCAGCAACCUCCGGUCUCAAAAUAUGGAGCCAAUGCGGAAGUGUUAUAAACUGCAGUUCAUUGAGCGUCCACUUGGAGCUGGCUGCAGAAACACCGGCAACCACAUACACACCCAUUCAAAUUAGACGAUCUUCACAGCAAUAAUAAACAUGUUUACAGCCUGGUUAAAAAAACGACUUAGGUCUGAAUAGCUCAAGAAGAUAUUAAGAUUAAGAGUUUUGCCCUUUUAAGGACAUGACUGACUUGACUGACAGGCGGGAACACUGUAGCUGUUGGCUAGGAGACUCAAAGCCCUCCUCUUUACCUCACACUAGCUCCCCAACAGUUAAGAUGAGUUCAGCAUUUCCAAUAUGGCUCCCGCCAACGAUUGGCUUCAAAACAGCGCUCAGGUAUAGAUGGGUGACGUCUAAGAUACUACUUCCAUUAUUUAUACAGUCUUUGGAUUUACACUGUUCAGGCUUAGAGCGGACACAAAAAGUACAACUUCUCAUUUAUAUGUUGUUAAAAUAUCACAGUAAACAAUACACAUUCAUAGAAACAUUUUCUAAAGUAAAAUUUCAUGUUUUAGUAGUUUUAUAAAAUAAAAAUAAAAUAUAUUACCAGUUUAAAUAACUCGUUACAUUAUGCAUUAAAAAUACAGUUCCUUUUGUUUUUAGUUGUACAUUGUAAAAGUGGAGGAUUGUGUGUGAUGUCAUGUUGUAAAAUUAUCAUACUCUACUUCUCUAAGGUAGUAAAAGUAUCAGAAAUAGAAGAAAAGGUUUUAAAGUUAAGCCAUAUCUCAGCUUGAAGUAUAUAUACCUGCAGUAAAAGAACACAGGUGUUCUCUACUAUGGCAGUUUAUAACUCAGUAAUUUGAGUUGAUUUGUAAACAGGACUUUACACACAUGAUGAAGUGUUUACUCUAAGUACCUCUUCUAUAAGAAAGUAUAAAAGUAGACGUUCUUUUGAAGCUUGUGUUGCCGUUCACCUGUUUGAUUUUAAUCUGAUAGUUUAAUUAUUGUUUGAGAAUAUUCAGAGUUUGUGAUAAAGUUUGAAGUUUGCUUUCUGAUGUUUAAAAAUAAAAGAUAAAACUCAGAGCAUUACUGAGACACCCAACCCAUCUGAUGUUUAAAAAGGACUUUAACU